AUGGUGGUAAAACUCAUCAUCUAUGCCGUCGUCGCUCUGGGCCUGACAUAUCUCGCCCUCAUAUUUCCAAGGCUCCAACAAGAAUGGAAACUCUACUCCCACCGCUCCCAACUCCCCCCGGGCCCCAAAACCAUCAGGACCGGUAUUCGCAAACCAUGGCUCUGGUUCCAAGAACUCAGCCAGCAAUACGGCGAUGUCGUCUAUCUCCAACUCGGUCCAACACCAACCAUAAUCCUCGGUUCGGCGCAAGCAGCCUGGGAUCUUCUCGAGAAGCGCGGCGCUGUAUUUUCCUCCCGUCCACGAUUCAUCAUGGGCGGUGAAUUACUCUCCGGCGGAAUGAGAGGUUUAAUGGCGCCUUAUGCUUCGUAUUGGAGACGGUGGAGAAAGUUGUUGCAUAGUGGGUUUAUGCAGAGACAGAGUGAGACGUAUCGACCGGUUCAGAGUCUUGAGUCGAAGGUUUUGAUGUUUGAUCUUUUGAAGAGGCCUGCUGAUUUUAGGAUGCAUUUGGAGAGAUAUGCUGCGUCGGUGAUUGUCACUGUUACUUAUGGACGGAGAGUUGAGGAUGUUAGAAGUGAUAUUGUAGUGAGACGCAAUGCUGAGGCUAUGGAGCGUCUGACUAUGGUCAAUAUUCCCGGAAAGUAUGCAGUCGAGCGAUAUCCGGCUCUUAAGUAUCUCCCUAGCUUCUUAGCCCCAUGGAAGAAGGAAGUUCUACAACAACGCCAGAAAGACAUCCAGCUUUACACUGAACUCAUGGACGAGGUCCGCGAGAAGGUUGUCAAGGGAACUGCACCAACUUGCUUCGCAAAGCAUCUUCUCGAGGAACAGGAAAGCUUGGGUAUGAGUGACAUGGAGAUUGCCUACACUGCAGGGUCACCCUUUGGAGCUGGUGUUGAGACGUCCGCGGGCUCACUCGCAAGCUUCCUUCUCGCAUGCGUCAAGUUCGGACCUCAGUUUAUCCCCAAAGCCCAAGAAGAACUUGACCGUGUUGUAGGAAGCGACAGGCUUCCCACAUUCGAUGAUCUGCCAAAGCUGGAAUACGUUAGAGCUAUCGCAUCCGAGACUCUUCGAUGGCGCCCUGUUGCUGUGCUCGGAGGAACACCUCAUGCUAGCACUGCGGACCAUGUCUACAAAGGCAUGUUCAUUCCCAAGGGAAGCACCAUCAUCGCACCUCUCUGGACUCUGCAUCUCAACGAAGCCGACUUCCCUGAGCCUCACGAGUUUAGGCCCGAACGCUUCAUGGAGAAGCGAGAGUAUCCCGGUACGCUUGGCCAUAGUGCCUUCGGCUGGGGUCGACGAAUCUGCCCAGGGAUGCAUCUUGGAGCUGCAUCCGUGACGCUCAACAUUGCACGUAUACUAUGGGGCUUCGAGGUCAACCCUGAGAAGGAUGAGAAGGGCCGAGAUGUUGAUGUUGAUAUCUUCGCUUACUCGGAGGGCUUUAACUCGAGCCCGCUUCCGUUCCCUUGCUCAAUUACGCCUCGCUCUGUUAAACAUGCUGAGGUUAUUGAGAGUGAGCACGACAAUGCCUUGGGAGACUUGGUGGAGUACACUGCUGUUACGAGCAAGGUGUCAUGA